UGCUGUUCCAACAAUCUCUUUUUAACCUCCUUCCACCUGAGCUCCUGUAAAUGCUCAAUCAUCACCUCUGAAGUUUGCGCCCUGCAAUGUUCGAUAAUCCUCCAAGACCUAACUCGGCCUUCGAUACACAAAAUGGUCACGACGAUGAAAUUCCAUCUUUGAACCAAAAGGGCGAGUUUGUCGCGAUCGGCUCAACAUCCUAUGUGGAGCGCUUACCCAAUCGUACCAUCAUCAAGACAGCCUGGCCCGGCGGCGACCGCGCCCAGCAGCGACGCCGCGAAAUCGCUACAGAAGCCGAAAUAUACGAUCGUCUUGGUGAACAUCCUUGUUUAGUCAAAAAGAAGGACUGGGACCCAGACAAAUAUAUCUUGACCCUGGAAGAUAUGCCCAACGGAACACUCAAAGACUAUCUCGAGUCCCACGCGGACGUGCCUCUGGACCAGCGAAAAAAAUGGGUAACUGAAGCUGUUAAGUGCAUCCAGCUUCUGCACAGUUCAGUCAUCAUUCACUGCGACAUUGGGCCGCACAAUUUCCUCCUGGAUGACUGUCUUCGUCUUAAAAUCAUUGACUUCUCUGGAUCCUCCGUUGACGGCUCUUACACUGAGAUCAGCCCUGGCACUCGAUACGCAGCGCCCACACUGGACCGCUCUUUGCAGUGGACGCCAACAGUCAAAACGGACCUCUUCAGUUUAGGUUCAACGAUAUACUACAUUAUGAUGGGCAAAGCUCCGUUUGAGGAAUUCCAGAGUGAAUAUGUCCAGAAGAUGUACCGCAACCAAGAAUUCCCCGACUUGACUGGCAUACCUCAUGCAGAUAUAAUCCGAAGCUGCUGGUCUCAGGAUUCGGAGUCCGUGGAUGGGCUGGUUCCUUACGUCUGAGUAGAGGAUUGGGACCAUGUAACUUGCCAGUUUAAGCAGGAUGGGCAUGAGGGCUGGGACUGUUGGAUCUCUGAGCAGUCGGCAGAAAAGGUGGAUCUGGAAGGCGGUAUGGGCACUUACAAACGGCCCCUUACAUACCACUUCUGAGAGGCCGUGGGCUCUGCCCACAACCUCCUCCUUCCACCUCCAGACGCAGCAAUAAUAGACCAUU